ACUCGUUGCUGGGGUUUAGGUUGAAAUUUGAAUUGGUUUGAGUGUAAAACCCUAAAUUCAAAAAGCCCCAAAUUUCGCUGCAGAAAUCGGCGGCCUCACUCUCAAUCUUCCACACCAUGACUGCAGAAGCGGUGAAUCCAAAAGCAUAUCCGUUGGCAGAUGCGCAGCUCAUCGCUACUAUACUUGAUUUGGUUCAGCAAGCCGCCAACUACAAACAGCUCAAAAAGGGCGCCAAUGAAGCUACGAAGACGCUGAACCGUGGGAUUUCUGAAUUUGUUGUAAUGGCAGCUGAUGCUGAGCCUCUUGAAAUCCUCCUUCACCUUCCGCUUCUCGCAGAAGAUAAGAAUGUGCCGUAUGUUUUUGUUCCAUCCAAGCAAGCUCUGGGCCGAGCGUGUGGAGUGACCAGGCCAGUCAUUGCUUGUUCUGUCACCAGCAACGAGGGAAGCCAAUUGAAAUCUCAAAUACAGCAGUUGAAGGAUGCUAUUGAGAAGCUUCUGAUCUGAUAAUGCGAAAAAGCCCCUUCCAGCAUGGUUGGCCCUUGGAUAAUCCCCAAGGCUUUGACUGAACUAGUUUCCUCGUACAAUGAUCGUCUCACCCUCAGUACUCUUCUUUAUCUCCUUUCCUGCCCCUGUUUUUUAUUGUUCUCGAUAGAGAUUUGUGAUUUUGACCAGUUAUCAAGUGCGUAAGGCUCCCUUUUUAUAGAAACUUGAUCGCUUGCUUC